CUUCAGAUAGAGAACGAUAUGACUGAUCUAUGCGCCGAGCUCCUUGACCACUACCUUAUAGCAGUGCUGAACCCUCAUUAUGGCCCCCAACAUGGAUGACAAGAUCCUCAUCGUCGGCGCAGGCUGCUUUGGGAUAUCGACUGCAUACCAUCUACUGAAAAGGGGUUUCACGAAUAUUACCCUACUGGAAAGAUCAGGCGUGCUGCCUGCCGUCGAUGGAAGUUCUAACGAUUUCAAUCGUAUCGUGCGCUCGUCUUAUAGCGACAAGUUCUACGCCCAACUCGCGCUCGACGCCAUCAAGACGUGGAAGACGGACUUAUACAAGGAUGCGUAUCAUGAAUGCGGCGUCCUCGUUCUGGGAUCGAACGGCCACUCAGAGUAUAAGGACGCUGCCCUGAAGCACGAUAAGGAAAUGGGUCUCGAUCUCGUGGACUUAGGGAAAUCCGAAGCUCUGCGAACGGCGAUCCCGGAGGGAAUCAAAGCGGGCUCGUUUGAGGGCUACACCGGCUAUCUCAAUCGCAACGCAGGUUGGGCAAUGGCGUCGCAAGGCCUGGAGCUGCUCACUAACGAGGUAAAAGCCCUAGGGGCGACCAUCCUGACGGGAAAGACCGUGAGCCAGCUCCUGCGCGAAGACGGUCAGACGAAGGGGGUCAUCUGCACGGACGAGAGCACGUACGAAGCCGCGCUCGUCGUGCUCGCUACCGGUGCUUGGACCGGCUCGACCUUUAAUGCUGACCUUGAUUGCACUGCAUUGUGCACGGCGACGGGCCAGUCCGUCGCCAUGGUCCAGCUGACGGAAAAAGAGGCGGUUCUGUACCGCAAGGCCCCGGUGGUGCUGGAGUUCUCGUCAGGCUUCUACGUCUUCCCUCCGAACGUGAAGAAUGUCGUUAAAAUGGCCAUUCACAACGUCGGUGUGACGAAUAAGAGGGACGGAAACGUCUCUACGCCGAGAACUGUCGUCACGAACCCCAUCGACGGUCUGGCCAUCCCCAAGAAGUCGGUGACCGCUUUGAGGGAAGGGCUGCGAAAGAUAUACCCAGAGCUCGCCAAGCGUCCAUUCGUGGCUACACGACUGUGCUGGUACAACGACACACCGGACGGCGACUGGCUCAUCGGGAGCAAGCCUGGCGACCCGGGACUCUUCUUCGCCACAGGUGGUUCAGGACAUGCAUACAAGUUCUUGCCGGUCAUUGGCAGGCUAGUGGCAGAUGCCAUCGAGGGUAAGCUGCCCGAGGAGCUGGUGAAGAAAUUCGCAGUCGAUCGCGCCUGGGGACCACCGGAUCUUUCGCGUGAGGGCUAUGCGCAGGGUCCGCUGGAGAUCGACCUGGAAGAGCUUGCGAAGAACGCCGAUGAUCUCACUCCUGUUCGGUAGAAGAGAGUACGCACCAGAAACGUCAAUUCCAUGCAAAAUCCAAUUCACGCA